UUUGCCUCUCUUGGCUGAGGAGGAAGUCUAGCAGUGGUUAUAUAGAAGAUUUUUUUCUUUCUGGUUGGGUGGGUGAGUGGGUUGCCACAAACUUGGGCAUUUGCAGAGUGGCCAGAUUCCCACGGGCUGCAGCCGGAAAGAGGCAUAAAGGAACUUGAACAUCCCACUCUUGAUCGUCUUGCACACUCUAUGCCAUUGUAGAUUGAUGUCCAAGUUGCUACCUGCGUCUUUCAUCUCUGGAUGCAUCUUCCAUACUGGCUGUAGGGGACUGGAAAACACGGGUCUCUUUUCUGGAAAGCUACUUUUGAGAAGAAAGGGGGGGUGGGGGGGUGGGGCCCAAGGCUGUAACCUGUCCCCCAAAACACAAGUCUGCUAGCAGGUCUCCUUAUAAUUGCAACUCUCUUCAUACCCCAGCAUUGGUCUCUAAGCUGGCCAUUGGGAGGGCUGGGCAUCACCCCUUAAGGGCCCAAUCUGUAAUCCCUAACCUGACUUCUCUCUCAGAUAACAAAUGGCUACCGGGAAAGGGGAAACAGCUGCCCUUCACUACCGGCCAAGCAGCUCCUUAGAGCUCAGGAUGCAGUUUUCAUCCAUGAAAAGGAGGACACAGGACCAGCCACCAUGACUUUAGAGGAGUGUCCCGUUUCAUUCAGGCUGGGUCCAUGCGAGAGUUUUUAGCCGGCGAAGUUCCUCAGCAGGUAAAACAGGAACCAGAUGAAGGACCCCAACAGCACUGGGAGGCCCAGAGGCCGGAGCCCAAAACAGUGUCAGUAUCCCUAGCUCAGCGGAGAAACCUCCAGUGCACAAAAACCCCUGCAAUGGACUCUAACUCAAGCUUCAUGACCUCCUCCUAUGAAGGAACAUCUAACGCUAGCCAGUGGCCAGCUGGAGGAUGGGUGCCGCCAACCCUGCCCGGCGGAGAAGCCCAGCCGGUCUACGGCAGCCAGGUUCAGCGAGAGAGAAGGAACUAUGGUGGCAAGGGAAGGGCAAGUCCUCAGAAACGAGACACCGCCAGCUUGGAAGUCCGGCAAAGUCUUUCAGGUAUCCAUCUGUCCACCAGGGAGGCCGAGGGUCUCGGAUUUGGCCGGCAGCUCCAAGAACUUUUGCUACCAGUGGCUGAAGCCUGAGAGACGGACGAGGAGCAGAUUCUGGAACUGCUGAUCCUGGAGCAGUUCCUGACCAUCCUGCCUCAGGAAGUCCAAAACUGGGUCAGGGAACACGGCCCUAAAACCUGUGCCCAAGCAGUGGCCUUGUCAGAAGAUUUCCUCAUGAGGCAGCAGCGGGAGGCCCAGAGAAAAGAACAGGUGAUGUGGACGUUUGAAGAGGUGGUCAUGAACACCCCCAUGGGCCAGCAGGUGCAGUACCCCAAUGUGGCCCAGCAGGUCCAUUACCCUACUAUGACACUGCCGGUCCAGUACCCCACCAUGGCACAGCAAAUGCAAUAUCCCGCUGUUGGACAGCAGGCUCCCAAUCCUAUCUUGUCCAAUCGACUGCCACUGGAUGCUGGGAGGACACUGAUCUGCAGGGAGCCAAUACCGGAAGGUGGGCGGAGCCUACGGCCUUAUGGUCCCAUCCAAGAGUUCCGGAGACCCCUCACCAACGCAGAGAGGAUGCGGAACCGGAGGAUGCGGAACAGGAAGCAGCGCCUGGAGACCAGCAUGCAACUCGUCGAAUCUGCUUCCCGGGCCCCCUCGAUGCUGCUGGAUGCCAUGCGAGGGCUGCAUAAGCAGGACCUGAAGGCCUUCGACAGGGCCCGGCAAGAGGAGCGGCAGCACCGGAAGCAGGAGAGACGGCAGGACCGGACCACCGCCCAGCUGAUGAUCAGCGCCAUUGAGCGUUUCCAUAGCGACCUGGGGGAGUUCUUGGGAAAACAGACGGUCACCAUGGCAGCCAUUGCAGCCGUAUUUACAGGCCAGAGGUCUCCCCAGCAAGGGUCGCUUCCUGGCUAUGGUUCUUAUCAGGGGCACAACAACCCACCUUGGGGCCCCUCGGAGUCAGGGUCUGGAACUGCCCUACCGCCCAAUCACAUGCCUGGUAUGUCUUCGGAGCCCGUUACCAGCCUAGUAGCUCCCUGCCCACCACUGCCUUUGACUGUCCCCAGUGGCACUUGUAACCCGACCCCUGAACCCCCUCCGACAGACAGACCAAGGGAGGACUCUACUUCAGACUCCCCCACGCCUUCAACCUCUGACGCUGCCUCACGUACCCUCAGCACCAGACCAAACAGAGGAGCAAAAAGGAAGAUGUGGGAAUGACCAGGGCUACCUUUCCUUCCGGCCCAAUAGUUUCAUCCAGAAUUUUCAACAUAGAUUUUUUCAACCAGCAGGGUAGCCAGAAUCCCUUUUCUGGAUUUUUUUUUUUAAAAAACCAGACAAUUCAUAGAUCUAUGCAAAGGGGUGUAAGUAAAGCCCCCUGAAGACAGCCAAUGUCAGCCAAGGGUUUUAGGGUCUGUGGGUUUACGGUGGGAGAAGACAGGAGCUUUGAGCUGGGGUGCUUCAAAUUCCGGCCCAUGUUGGCCUGCUUUGGGCAUGUCCCAUUUCCCCACUUGUAAAAUGAGAACGCCCAGCCUACCUUGUCAGGUGGUUUUGAAAGCAAAGAUUGUAUAGCACUUAGCAAAUGUGAAUUAUUUAAUGGACGCCUGUUCAACUUAAUACCUUCCAAGAAAUUUGAAGGGGGGUGGGGAGCUGUCUAAAUUGAGCUGUGUCAGCUCCAGGACACCAGUGAAACCCUGCGGAUGCUGCUACUUGUUGUUUCUUUUUAAUUUACAAAAUGUUGUGCAUUUCUCGGAGUUGCUCUUGGAGCGGUCUUGUGAAGUGUGUGCGCGUGUGUGUGCGUGUUGAGAUCGCUCUUGGACCUAUUUGCAGAUGGGGAACUGAGGCUGAAGUUCAGCUGCGCAUGACAGGCAUCUCCUGAUAUGUGAAAAACGAGUUUUUUACUCCCGUAGAAGCUCCCCCAAAAGCUUAUGCUGGAAUAAAAAUAUGUCAGCCUUUUAAGGGGCUGCGAGAUCCCUGUUUGCUUUUGCUGCAACCGCUUCCCGUGGGGCAUGGCUGUAUUCUUAUAAUUUUAACACUGAGGUCUUGCAAUCACCAGUUCUGAACCGCAUCCCGUUUUCCUUUAGUAGUGGAGAAACUUUAUUCUUUCCCAUGAGAGGAACUCUGGGACUGGUUUCUGAUCUGGUUCACAUGCGUUCUCAAGCGCCAGAAUGUACGGCACCACUUGUGCUUCCAGAUGGGGGGGGGGGGGGGUUCACAGUAUUUGCUCCCCAGUGCUCCCCAGUGUUAAAAAUGCAGAUACGGUAGAAACUCAUCAGCAAGGGGCUAGAACAGGGGUGGGCAAUUAUUUUUUCCAUGGGGCCGCAUAAGAAACAGAAAAUAUUGUGGAG